GGCUGACACAUGAGCGCUCCCUUCAUCACUGCUCUGCUCCGCCCUGCGCCUUUGCGGACUCUGGGACGAGACACGGAUUGUAUGAGGUCGGUGCUUUUGGUGGCCUCCCUCUGUGAACUUGGCACUUGGUACUCUGAAACCACCUCUGAAGCCCACCGGGAGGUCUGCCGCAGCCUUUGAAAGCCUCAGGUGCAAAGUUGGUCAGCGACAGGCUGAGAGAGAUGAAGACGUGCGUCGUGUUCCUGGCAGCUCUGCUGCUCCCGACCAUCCACGCAAUAUGCCCAGAUAAGGAGCCAGGACUGCAACCAUGGAUGCCGGGACACAGUGAAGACCACCGUGUGACGAUCAGUUAUGGCAGGAAGGUCCUUCUCACAACUUCAGCUACUGUCCACUCUAUUGAGAUUCUCAGCGGAGGAAAGCUGGUGAUUGCUGACACCAACCGGCCUAUACUGCUUCGGACAAAACACAUUCUGAUUGGGAACAAGGGGGAGCUGCACAUUGGAAGCCCAGACUGUCCUUAUAAAGGCAACCUCACCAUCUUGCUAUUUGGAAGACUGGAUGACAGCGAUGAGGAGCACAGCUACUUUGGGAGAAAGUACAUUGGCGUGGGGACUGGGGGGACACUAGAGAUUCACGGAGAAAGGAAGCUGUCCUGGACAUUCCUCAACAAGACCCUCCAUCCCAGAGAGAGCAGUCAAAACAACUAUCUGUUCCAAAGAAGCUGGGGGAAUCGAGGCAUCAUAAUCCACGUAAUCGACCCCAAGACAGGGGAGGUGCUGCAUGAUGACAGGUUUGACACGUACCGCAGCAAAAACGAGAGUUAUCGCCUUGCAAAAUAUGUCGAUGGCAUAAAGCCUGGGCUCAUACUGGCGAUGAUGGUCAAUGACGAGGGCUCCAACAACUUGGAGGACUCCGCUAAGAAGAGUAUAUCCAGGCUUGGCAGCAAACACAUCAGGAGUCUCGGCUUUCGGCAUCCCUGGACCUUUAUAGUGACAAAAGGUGAUGUGUCUUCUGUUGUGGAGGACACUGCUGUCUAUCAAGGGACUAAGGCGUCUUCAGAGGCCCGGAGCGCUCGAGUUUUUCAGUCAAGUUUUGGGGAGCAGUUCACCGUCACCGCCAGCAGCCAGUGGGUCCAAGAGGCAGAAUGGUCAAACUGGUUUGACAGGGAUGAUGAAAGGGGAUCUGGAGACUGGGAGAAAUUGUCUGAUCUGCAUAAGGCCUAUCCAGACCACCUAUGUAGCAGCCCGUUGGACAUUCAGGCUGAAACCCAUGACGGCAUUCCAUCCAACCAGACGGGAGAUGUGAUCCACAAGAAAGACAAGGACUAUGGCUUUGUCUGUCUCAACAAAGACCAGACUCAUGGCCUGUGUCACAACUACAGGGUCCGCUUCCUCUGUGGAAAACUAGUUCGUCCACAGGCCUCUGUUUCCAUCGACAUGAUGUCAAACAGCAGCAUCCUGGAGCUGGCUGACCACCCUGCAGGCUGGGGGCCUGGGGAUCGGGUGGUGGUGGCCAGUACAGACUACUCAAUGCACCAGGCUGAAGAGUUUACACUGUUGCCCUGUCCGACCUGUGCAUCCAACCAGUUGAAGGUCAGAGGUAAAGCCAAGUUUAUCCACAUGGGAGAGGAGGUGGAUGGGAUAGAUAUGAGGGCCGAGGUCGGCCUGCUGAGUCGUAAUAUCCUGCUUCGUGGUGAGAUGGAGCCCAGCUGCUAUGGCAAUGAGGCUUGCAAGUUCUUCAACUUUGACACUUUCGGAGGACAUUUGAAGGUGGAGCGUGGUUUUAGGGCAGUCCAUAUAUCUGGGAUGGAGCUGCAGCACAUGGGCCAGCAGACCAUGGGACACUAUCCUGUCCAUUUUCACAUGAAUGGAGAUGUGGAUGAGAGGGGAGACUAUGACCCUCCAACGUCUGUCAGCGAUUUAUCCAUUCACCACUCUUUCUCCCGCUGCGUCACUAUCCAUGGCUCCAAUGGACUGAUGGUAAAGGAUGUGGUGGGAUAUGACACACUAGGCCACUGUUUCUUCACGGAGGAUGGUCCAGAAGAAAGGAAUACAUUUGAGCACUGUUUGGGUCUGAUGGUUCGAGCAGGGACCCUGCUCCCUUCAGACAGAGAUAGCAAAAUGUGUCGUGACAUCACUGAUGGAGCAUAUCCAGGAUAUGUGCCCAAUCCACGUCAAGAUUGCAGUGCAACUUCCACUUUCUGGAUUGCCAACCCUAAUAACAACCUCAUCAACUGUGCUGCUGCAGGCUCAGAGGAAACAGGCUUCUGGUUCAUUUUCCACCAUGUGCCCACAGGCCCCUCAGAGGGGUUAUACUCCCCUGGAUAUACAGAGCACACACCUAUGGGCCAGUUCACCAACAACAGAGCCCAUUCCAACUUCAGGGCUGGAAUGAUCCUUGAUAAUGGAGUUAAGACGACCCAGGCAAAUAACAAGGACAAGAGACCCUUCCUGUCUCUGAUAGGAGCCAGGUAUGGCCCCCAUCAGGAUUCUGACCCGUUCAAACCUAGAGUCCCAGCUCUCAUCCAUCACUUCGUUGCCUAUAAGAACCAGGACCAUGGAGCUUGGCUGAGAGGAGGGGAUGUGUGGCUAGAUGACUGCCAAUUUGCUGAUAAUGGCAUUGGCCUCACUUUAGCAAGUGGAGGGACAUUUCCAGAUGAUGACGGCUCUCGUCAGCAGGUGAAGAAUUCACUUUUUGUGGGUGAAAGCGACAAUCGUGGUAUGCCCUUGCCAGACAAGAGGAUUUGGGGCCCUGGGGGUUCUGACCUUACUGACAGGACCCUGCCACGUGGCAUUGAUUUUCCAAUCCGAGGCAUGCAGAUCUACGAUGGGCCGAUCAAUGUACAGAACUGUACAUUUAGGAAAUACACGGCACUAGACGGAAGGCACACCAGUGCCUUUGGCUUCAGGCUCAACAACUCAUGGCAGAGCUGCCCCAAUAAUAAUGUCACCAACAUCACCUUUGACCAUGUACCUAUUACAUCUCGGGUAUUUUUUGGGGAGCCAGGUCCCUGGUUCAGUAAACUGCAGAUGGACGGGGACAAGACGACCAUCUUCCAUGAUAUUGAUGGAUCAGUCAGUGAGUAUCCCGGAGCUUUCCUGGUUAAAGAAGACAACUGGCUGCUUCGUCACCCUGACUGCAUUGAUGUGCCUGACUGGAAGGGUGCUAUCUGCAGUGGGCACUAUGCACAGAUCUAUAUUCAAACACGAAACCCUGCCAACCUUAACAUGCAGAUAGUGAGGGAUGAAUAUCCUGAUCGACCCCUAACACUUGAAGGUGCCCUGGAGAAGAGGAAACAUUACCAGCAGUUCCAGCCAGUGGUCACCCUGGCCAAAGGCUAUACCAUCCACUGGGACCAGGCGGCACCUGCUGAGGUCACCAUCUGGCUCAUCAACUUCAACAAGAAUGACUGGAUCAAUGUGGGCCUCUGCUAUCCACAAGGUACCACCUUCACAAUCCUGUCAGACAUCCACAAUCGGCUGACCAAACAAACCCGCAAGACUGGCGUCUUCAUGAGGACGACUCAGAAGGAGAAGAUCAACCACUCGCACUUGGCCAGAGGAUAUUACUACUGGGAAGAAGACACUGGCCUCCUCUUCCUGAAGGUGAAAGCCCACAAUCACAGAGAGACGUUUGCCUUCUGCUCUGUGAAGGGUUGUGAGAGGGUGAAGAUCACAGCAAUCAUACCAAGAGGCAGUCCACCCAGCAACUGCUUGGCUAAGGCGUACCCCAAACAUGCUGAGCUGCCCAUUGUCGAUGUUCCAAUGCCCAGAAAAAUUCCCACUGCCAGGCUGCACUCCUCAGAGCACUUCCUGGAGAUCAAACUGGAGUCCUACAACACCCGCUUCUUCCACAUCAAGGAGGACUUUGCUUUUACUGAGGUAAAUGGCAAGAAGUUGUACCAACCUGAAGAUGGAGUGCACCUGACAGUAAUUGAUGGGCAUGAUGGGAAGGUGGUGGACACGAAAGGCUUCAGGAAUUCCAUCCUCCAGGGAAUUCCUGCAGAGAUAGACAACUACAUCAGUGGACUGAGAGACAAUUCAAUUGUCCUCAUGACAUCCAAGGGUCGCCUUGUUACCAGAGGAUCCUGGACCAAAGUCCUGGGGAAACUUGGCGCAGAGAAAAGCGUCAAUUUGAAAGAUAAGCUGGCAUUUGUGGGCUUUAAGGGCUCCUUCCACCCUGACUGGGUCUAUCUGGAGGUGGACAGCGAACGAGCCAAGAUCCAUCAAGUUUUGCCCGUCCCUGUGAUCCACAAGAUGAAGCUAUGAGUGGCAGUCAGAGUGGGGAGGAUGAGCCAAGUGACUAUUUGGCCCUGGAUACUGACACACACACACAACACCCCCACAAAAUAAUAUAAAUGCACAGUCACACACACACGCACACUACAGUCAGUUGCUGCGAGCCACUGAUCCAGGAUCAUGUGGUGUUUAUUCUGCAUUUGGUUAUGAGAAAGGAUGAUGUGAAAGUAUGUGAAAGGUGGAGGCACCCCUCACAGAGCUAGCACUGCCCGUGAUGAACUGUCAGGUGAUAACACCCUCUCUGGCAGCCAUGUUAGCGGUCAGCUCAUGGCAGCAGUAGCUCAGAACAGCCAAUGGUGUCUAAGCAAAUGUGGCUGUCUCUAGAAACUAUUAAUAGGUGAUGAUAGAUGAUGAUGGUCACUAUUGAAUCUUUUUUCUGACAGAACACUGCCAACAACAUUGAUUUGUUUACAUUAUGCUAGCUUGCUGGCUAAAGUCACCAUUGGAUUUUGCAAACCUGGUAGAUGUUAAGAGACCAACUGAAGUUAACCUCUAACAUUCACUCCUUUUUUAGGAUGUUUUCCUGCACAAGAGGAAAAGCUCGUAACAGAGGCAUUGUGAGGCCAAAAUGCAUCUAUAAGAUUUGAUUGGGACAGCAACAGCUAACCACUUCUGAAAACGUGCUUAUUCCAUACGGCCAAAGCACAACCAGACUCCAAUUUUAAUACUUAACAGGUUUUUGGCACUUACCAAUUUUAAGCCUAACAAUCAGUGUUUUGACACGUUUGUUCCCAGCAGCUGGGAUUGGCCCCUUUUACUAAAGGUCAUCAGGUCUUUGGCACAACCAAAAAUCUUAAUUAAAUCUUUCACAGAUUUGAGCUUUAGCACAGAAAUCAGUUUUCAACCUGUAGUGAAAAAAAAACCUGUCUUAUUAUUUGCACUUGAUAUUGAAAUAUUUGUUUAAAAAACAGCACAAAUUGUAGAUUGCUGCUAAAACUAGCCACACCUGUGAGCAUUAUUUGGGGAUUGUGCUCACGUACCAUUUCACCCAGCUAAAAUCUUUAAAUCUGACCCAUACGGGUCAUCCAAAGAGUGUAGAAAGUAAAUGAAAACACGCACUUGAAGGUGGAAGUCAUUGAUAAGCGUAAAAUGGGAAACUGUGACUCAGUCUCUUCUUGAAGGCUUUGUCUUGACCUGUUUGUACACUCAAAAAAAACAUUAAUUGUAUAGUGAUGAGGACUUUUUUUUGCAGCCGUUGAAAUGAAAGUUAGAGCUCUCCCAUAUGGAAAAGAUAUAUAUAAAUCUUAUAAAGUUUGUAUCUGUCUUGUGUGAAACUUGUAUGAAAAGCAUACAAGAGUGAAAACAGAUAUAAGAUCCCUUGAAAAAUUAUAUAAAUGAAACUUGUAUGUUUUGGAUACUUACUAAAACAAUAUAUGAAAGCAAUGAGAAAGUGGCCACUUUCAUGAGUAAAUCAUAUAAGCCUUAUAUGAUUCACUAUAUGAAGUAAGCCAAAUCUUAUGCAAGUCUUUUAUACGUUUUUUUCUAUUUCUUUUCCAUAUGGGAUUCCCCAGACGGGCUUUAAAAUAACUGCAUGGAUUUAAUCGAAGAUGGCUGUGAGCUGCUAGAGUUGCAUUUCUAGGAGUCGUUUGGAACACAAAAACUAAGAACAAGUUCUUCUUUUACCAAAGAAUUGUUUCCCAUUUCAAAGACAGGAUGACACGGGAUUCAAUACUAGUUUAAAUCACAACAGCAGCCACACUGACAGCACAUUGUCAUUAGACUAACAGACAAGCCAGUUUUUGAUCUGCACAUUUUGGUGUAGCAGCUGAACAGCAUGUGUUUUCCGAGGUUCGUGACUGCUUGCAAAAUAACUGGAACUCAUUUCAUACUUGUUUGCAUGUGUCACUGGGACAGUUAAUGGUUGGAUAAGGAGAGCAGUAUAAAAAUAAAUGGUUACAAAGUUUUUCACAGAGCACUGAGACAGCACUCUGAUAUCUAUGGGCCAAUAUGGAAGUCUGUAAUUGAGCUAUACAUAAAUCUGAAUGAAUUACAUCUAUUUUGUGUUAUCGGGUGAGGUGCCAUUCAGAUUAAGUUGUAAUCAACAAAGCUGCAAAAUAUGUAAUGCUGAUGCUUUUCAGUUAGAUCAUUUCUUAAUAUAUGCACAUGGCAACUAAAGCCAGAUUACAAACAACACAACUGUCCUUCUAUUAACAGGACAGGAGGUACUAAGGUACUUGGAUACAGUUCAGCACUUUGUAGCCUGGUUGAUAUGUGUACAUUAUGAACUACUGGACAAUUCUCCAGCAGACCUUCAUGUCAGCCACGGUUACUAGGCAGUUUCUGGAGCAAAUACUAAGUUUCAGUUGUCUUUUCAAGCACAUGUGUGAUGUAUGUGCAUCAUUAAUCAUCCUGUGAUGUGUAACAGUUGAGUGAUUCUAAUGUUCUGCUCCGUUUAAUUAAACUGGUGAACGACAGAAAAGAAGAGAAAAACAAAAACAUUCCUGGUUUGCAUCCCAGCUGGUGGUUAACUUGCUUUGUUGCAUUCCGAGCACUCGCUCACUUGAUAUUGUGAUGUAGUCUUCUACUGAUGGUUUGGGUUUUUUUGUUUUUGUCAGUGUUUGCGAUCCAUCUGCCUGUCAGUUGGAAUGAACCAGCAAGAAGCCCAUAAAGAUAUAAAAGAUGAAAUUGAGCAGUCCACUGAAUGUUUAAUCAGGUGGUUUUUAAUGUGUCGUUCCCCCCCUCUUCAAAAUGAUUCCAAUGUGACCACAAAAAACGAUUCUUCUCCCUUUACCGAAAUAGCUGGUCUUUUUUCGGAGGUUGUAGCAGUAAUUUAGCGUUUUGUAUGUAUGUAUGUGUUUUUAAAGAUCCACAGGUUGCUAAGAGAUAUAUUUUAUACUUAUUUAUUGUACAGACACUCUUGAUGUAAAUCUACGAGGGACUUGUUUUGAGUUGUAAUGUUAUUACUGUCCUGUAUGUAUACUGGAUGUAGGAAACAGAAACCAUCAUAGGUCCACUUAUUGCAUACAUGCAUAUGACUCCUGGUAUAGUUGCCUUGUUUUAACUGUAUACCAAAUGGAUGUGUUGUAUAAGUGGCUUAGGUGAUGAAACUCCAUGACUCCGAAUUUGUUUGAGGAUUUUUGUACAUAAAUAAAGACAGUUUGUCUGCACA